GUGCCCCGCGCCUGCGCGUUGGCCGAGGGGAAGGCAGCGGCGGCGGCUUGCUAGUCUGAGGGGCUGAGGGGAGGAUGGCGGCGACGGCCGCCGAGGACGAGGCGACCGAGGAGGGGCAGCAGCAGCGGCGGCGGCGGCGGCGGCGGCGACCGUAGGAGCGGAGGCGCGUCUGCUCGGCCCGCGCACGAUGUUCGGGCGCUCGCGCAGCUGGGGCGGCGGCGGCAAGGCCUCGCGCAACAUCCACUCGCUCGAGCACCUCAAAUAUAUGUAUCACAUUCUGACCAAAAAUACCACUGUGACUGACCACAACCGCAACCUGUUGGUGGAAACCAUUCGAUCGAUAACAGAGAUCCUGAUCUGGGGAGAUCAAAACGACAGUUCGGUCUUUGACUUUUUCCUGGAGAAGAACAUGUUUGUGUUCUUCCUGAACAUCUUGCGUCAGAGGUCGGGCCGCUACGUGUGUGUGCAGCUUCUGCAGACUUUGAAUAUCCUCUUUGAGAACAUUAGUCACGAAACGUCUCUGUACUAUCUACUGUCUAACAACUAUGUGAAUUCUAUCAUUGUGCACAAAUUUGACUUCUCAGAUGAAGAAAUCAUGGCAUACUAUAUUUCAUUCCUAAAAACACUUUCUCUGAAGCUCAAUAAUCACACUGUUCACUUUUUUUACAAUGAGCAUACCAAUGAUUUUGCCUUGUACACGGAGGCCAUUAAAUUCUUCAACCAUCCAGAAAGCAUGGUCAGGAUUGCAGUUAGGACCAUCACGUUAAAUGUCUACAAAGUGGACAACCAGGCUAUGUUGCACUACAUUCGAGACAAGACUGCUGUCCCUUACUUCUCCAACCUCGUCUGGUUUAUUGGAAGUCACGUGAUAGAACUGGACAACUGUGUUCAAACUGAUGAGGAGCACAGAAACAGGGGCAAGCUGAGUGACCUUGUAGCUGAGCACCUGGAUCACCUUCAUUACCUGAAUGAUAUCCUAAUUAUUAACUGUGAGUUCUUAAACGAUGUAUUGACGGACCACUUGCUGAACAGCCUCUUCUUGCCGCUCUACGUGUACUCGUUGGUCAGUCAGGACAAGGCUGGAGAACGGCCAAAAAUAAGCCUCCAGGUUUCUCUGUAUCUGUUGUCCCAAGUUUUCCUAAUCAUACAUUAUGCACCCCUGGUGAAUUCAUUGGCUGAAGUCAUUCUGAACGGAGACCUCUCUGUGCUUUUUUCAAAAGCGGAGCAGGAUAUCCAGAAAAACUCCAUCAAGACGGGCAUCAGGUGCUUCAUUAAACCUUCCGAGACCUUGGAGCGCUCUCUAGAAAUUAAUAAACAGAAGGGAAAAAAGAGACUGCAGAAAAGGCCCAACUAUAAAAACAUUGGGGAGGAUGAGGAGGAAGAGCGGGUCCCGGAAGACCCCCAAGAAGGCACAGAGAGUCCUUCCAAAGGCAUCAAGCCCAGUGGGGAGAGUGAAGAAAUCGAGAUGGUGAUCAUGGAACGCUGCAAAUUAAUUUCUGCCACAGAGCAAAACAUAACAGAUGAGGAGAAGAGCGCAGCUGCUUCCGAAACGUCCAGUUGGAACCGGCCUUUUCUGGAGAUGGUGUAUAAUGCCCUGGAGUGUGCUGAGUUUGACUAUUAUGCUCUUUUUGUGUUGUGUCUUCUCUACGCCAUGUCUCACAACAAAGGAAUCAAGCCAAUCACCCUGGAGAGGAUUCAGUUAUCGGCCCAGGAAGCCGAGGAGAAGAACUCGUACAACCCCGGGCUUGCGGAAAGGCUCAUCAGGAUCAUGAGCUAUGCUGCUCAGCCAGAUGGCAAAAUUCGUUUGGCCACCCUGGAUCUUGGCUGCCUGCUGUUGAAGCAGCUGGUGUUGACCAAGCACGGUAGCAUUAUAAAAGACGUGCACCUUGCCUGCUUGGAGGGGGCAAGAGAAGAAAGCGUUCAUCUGGUGCGGCGUUUUUAUAAGGGAGAAGAAAUUUUUCUGGAUAUGUUUGAAGAUGAAUAUAGAAGUAUGACUCUGAAGCCCAUGAACGUGGAGUACUUGAUGAUGGAUGCUUCCAUCCUGCUGCCGCCCACAGGAACCCCCCUCACAGGGAUUGACUUUGUGAAGAGGCUCCCCUGUGGAGACGUGGAGAGAACGAGGAGGGCCAUCCGAGUGUUCUUCAUGCUGCGCUCUCUAUCACUGCAUCUUCAGGAUGAGCCAGAGACGCAGCUGCCUCUGACGAGGGAGGAGGACUUAAUUAGAACGGACGACGUCCUGGAUCUGAAUAACAGUGAUUUGAUUGCCUGCACCGUGAUCACCAAAGACAGUGGUCAAGUCCAGAGGUUUCUGGCUGUGGAUAUUUACCAGAUGAGUUUGGUGGAGCCAGAUGUUGGACGCUUAGGCUGGGGAGUUGUUAAAUUUGCUGGCCUUCUCCAGGACAUGCAGGUGACAGGAGUGGAAGAUGACAGCCGGGCCCUGAACAUCGUCAUACACAAGCCGGCUUCCAGCCCACACUCGAAACCCUUCCCCAUCCUUCAGGCGACCUUCAUUUUUUCAGAUCACAUCCGUUGCAUCAUUGCAAAGCAGCGCUUAGCCAAGGGACGCAUCCAGGCUCGGCGUAUGAAAAUGCAAAGAAUUGCAGCUCUUCUAGACUUGCCAGUCCAGCCAGCCAAUGAAGUGAUGGGCUUUGGACAUAGCUCUGCUGCUGCAACACAGCAUCUGCCAUUCCGGUUUUAUGAGCAAGCCCGGCGAAGCAGCUGCGACCCAGCUGUGCAGCGCUCGGUGUUUGCAUCUGUCGACAAAGUCCCAGGCUUUGCUGUUGCCCACUGUCUCAACCAGCACAACCCCUCCUCGUCGUCAUCGCUGUCCCCUUCCUCCAGCAGGAGCACCGGGUGCUGCGACUCGGCGGCUGCCAGUACCACGUCCAUGCCCUCCGUUACACAGAGCCCGUCAGAUGACUCGGUCACACUUGAGCAAUCUCAGCCCUCUUCGUCCGGUCAUCAAUCCACAGUAGAUCGCUCUUCGCUGCCCAUUUUGAAAUCUGGCAAGAACCAUGCAAAGAGUGAAGCGGAACCGGCAAACUUGUCUCCGAGCCUGAUUCCUGCCCCACAGCCUACAAUCUCCUUGAUCUCCAAGGACAGCACGGACACCCUGAGCACUGAGUCGCUGACGCUGGUCCCCCCAGUGGCUGUGGACAGCAUUCUUGCUGUCGGCUGCGUCCAGCCCCCGGCUGCAGAGCUGGGUGUCUGCCCGGAUCCAGAGCAGCAGCCGUAGCCAUCCGCCAGAGUGCGACCCCGAGUUGGAGGGUGAGUCGGGCCUCGUCCACGUGAGCAGCUCUCGAGGCCUGGUGACCUCCCCGGCGUGUCGCCUGCUUCUCUUACCAAACAGUAGGCAAACCUUCAGCAUUUCUUUACGGGAAAGGUAAAAAAGAGGCAGCUGUGAGACCUGGGACUGGUAUGGGACGCUGGCGGCAGGGCGUAAUUUAAGGGACUGGAAAUAGCAGGGGUUUCUGAAGGACCUGUGGAUUUUUCCCUUGCCGCUUGUUCUGUUCCGCUUCUACUGAGUUUGCUGCCGGCAAAGCCAAGUCAGCUCCUUUGGGCUGGAUCUUCACCGAACGUCCCACUUUCUGCUCUGCCCCAGAGGGAUUUCCCCCACGAACACAGACACGCCGUUAGAGCAAAACUCUUCUGGUCUACCAGCCUCUCCCAGUUUCUUUUUUCUUUGUGUCUUUCCUUUUCCUUGAGGGCACGAUAGUCUGUGGGAAUCCUAGCUGAGCUGCCAUUUGUACUCAUAGCACUGUAAACUUCAACAUUGAGCUUGUGUGUAUUCCGUGUGAAAUAAUUUUAACUUGAAGCUGUACACACACAUCUGUUACGGGUGGGGAUUUGCAAAUACAGAAUUCAGAUUUUUUGCGUACAUCUUAAGGGCUGCUUUGGGUGAACACAUGGAGGAAUGUUGUCAGGAGUUUUGUGUAAAGGAUUUCAGAGGAAUGUAAAGUAUUUUAGCAUACUGA